UCUGGGCCACCAGCCGGCGGCGGCGCCAGAGCCAUUUUGCCCUCCCGCUCGGCGACAUGGACUACCGGGAGGCUGCCAACUGGGCUGCAGAGCGCAUGCAGAGCUAUCGCAAGGACUGCAGCGGAUGGCGCAGCUGCAAGCGCACGAAUGAAGUUUCAAUAUCUUGGAGACCAUCAACUGAGUUUCGUGGAAACAUAUACAAAGCGGAAGGGAUUAUGCCUGCAAAACCGGAGGAUGUCUUUAAAUGUUUGAAACCAGAGACGGGUGGACUUCGAGAAAAAUGGGAUCCAAAUGUGAAGGAGAUUGAAGUCGUUGAAGAGAUUAGUGAAGAUGUUUCCAUAGUCAGAACUAUCACACCGUCGGCUUUUAUGAAGAUCAUCUCUCCGAGGGAGUUCAUAGAUGUUGUCCUAAUUAAGCGGGAUGAGGACGGAACCAUCACAUCUAAUGCAACCAAUGUGGAGCACCCCCUCUGCCAACCUCAACCAAGUUACGUGAGAGGCCUUAAUUAUCCCUGUGGCUGUUUCUGCAUCCCGGCCCCAGGGGAGCCAUGUAAGACGCAACUCCUCAGCUUCUUUCAGACAGACCUUGGCGGCAACCUUCCUCAAACAGUUGUGGAGUCCUUCUUCCCAAGCAGCAUGACCGGUUUUUACAGCAAUCUGACCAAAGCAGUGUUAAAAUUAGCAGCUUAAGCAAUUAAAAACAAAUAAACAAACAAA